CGGGCCCGCGGGGGGGAGCCGGCAAAGGAGGAGGGGGGGGGGAAGAGAGAGAAGAGAAGAGACGACAACCCUGCGCAUGCGCGAGACCGCCGCGGUUUCCCAUUCAGGAGAAGGAGGCGGGAUAUCGGCGCCUCCCGAGAAAAGGAUAAAGCUGUUUCAGAACUUGGGGAGGGGAUACAUCAUGUGUCAACUGUCUCUAGUGAAAACAGCUUCACCUGGAACUUAAAAUGCCCUUUUUUGGUUUAAAUAUUAACAGGACGUUUAACUCCUGCCAACAUGACUGAGAACUCCCUGGCUAACACUCAGGAAAUGAAAAGCCUAACCCAGUCACGGGCAUCAGAAUACAGAGGUUCUUCAAAACAGAUGGUUUAAGAUUUAUGGGUUGCAGUGACACUUGAGAAGACUGGACGGUCCAGCACACAGAAAAUAGGGUCUUUUACCUCAAGGUUGUUGGUUCAAAACACUGCCGGUUUUUAAGUGGCCAUUUAGAAUAAGUGUUCAUCAUCGGACCUGUGAAUAUCAGAUAAUGAAGUAGGGUAUGCUCAAGUCAUCUAGUACAUCAAUCUUGAAAGACAGCUGGGGAUUAAGGUACAGAGAGAUUAAGUGAUCUCCUGCAUCCCAGUUUAGUGACAUAGCAACAAGACCUGCUUUCCUAAUGGCACAAAAGGGCUUUUCCUCAGGGGGAUCAUUGCCUCAUUGAACAACUAACAGAUAAACAACGGGUACCUUGGAGAUGCAGAGAGUUUAGGAUCCACUUUGAGGAUUCAGCCUAGCUACUGAAAUUUCCAUGAUGUCAAAUGCAUCCAUCCUGCAGUAAAGUGUGCCCAUGGGAAAUACCUCCAAAUACAAAGGAGAAUCCGCUUAUCAAGUUGCAUGUCAGUUUCCUACAGAGCAGUCUUUACUCCUUGACAGAAUGCGGUUUCAGGAAAUGGCCACAGCCAUCAUAGGGAAGCUGUUACAAAACAUGCUGGAAUUAUUGACGAGAGUGCUGUUCCUCCAAAUAGACCAUGUCUUAUUUUAUUGCUGCAAUUGCAAUGUAGCUUCCGUGCUGCUGCAGAUUCCAGGAUCUAGACAUCAACACAACCAGGUUUAUAAAGCAAAAAUAUUUCACUCAGUGUUCAGGAUCUGAUUACAAAACAUGGCCUAACUUUCAAACCACUUGUCAGCAAGGAUCCCAGUUCAGCGAUGCCCUCUCUGGCUGAGACACUGACACCAGAGCAGAUAACAGAGUACAAAGGCGUCUUCGAGAUGUUUGAUGAGGAGGGCAAUGGGUUAGUGAAAACAGAUGAGCUGGAGAAGCUUAUGAGCUUGAUGGGAAUCAACCCAACCAAGAGAGAGCUGGCGACAAUGGCAAAGGAGGUGGACAAAGACAAUAAGGGCACCUUGAACUGUGACAGUUUUCUGGUUUUGAUGGGCAUUUACCAUGAAAAGGCUAAAAACCAGGAUGAAGAGCUGAGGGCAGCAUUCAAGGUCUUUGAUAAGGAACACAAAGGCUACAUUGAUUGGAAUACACUCAAGUAUGUACUGAUGAAUGCUGGAGAGCCACUAAAUGAACAGGAGGCUGAACUGAUGAUGAAAGAAGCUGAUAAGGAUGGAGAUGGAACCAUUGAUUAUGAAGAAAUCUGCUGCCAUUCCCAAUGCAACCGGAAAGCACUGGAAAAAUAUCUGUUCAUGGUUUGGAUUGACAUUAAAAGACUGGUCAAUAAGUGGCUGAGUUUAAUGCAACCACAUUGCAUUUUAUCUGACCUUUCAGCAGAAAGCAGUAGAAGCAUACAGCAGAAAGAGAUCCCAAUACCAACCCAUUAUUGAUACGAGUCAGACUUCUUGGAAAGGGUUUGGAUUUGUUACAGAGAUUUUGGAUGUCUCACUACACCAUCUUUUUAUUAAUAUAGUAUUGCUUUCAGAAAUUUAAUAUUUCUCUGUUCUCCAUUAGAAGAUGAACAGAAAUUUGUUUUCAUUAACAAUUUCCUAAUAAUACUGAGUCCUUAUACUGGGUAGCUCUCUAGAAACACAGGUACAGCUGCACCAGCUCAGACAUGUGGUUCAUCUUGUCCAUUAUCCUUUCUGUCAAUGGCUGGCCCGAGCUGCUUCAGAGGAAGGUGCAAGAAAUCCCAUAGUUCAGCAAUCUGCCCAUCAAAAAAGUGCCUUCCCAAACCUCACAUUAAUUAGAGGUUGGCUUGGGCCUUUAAGCAUGUGGGUUUACAUUCCUUUUCAUCCUUGAGAUGUUCCACAAAUAUCAAUUAAUCCCAACAUCAAAUUACCUCCAUUUUAUAGAUACCUUCACAGUGAUGUGCCCAAGGCCAGAAAGUGAGCCAGGAUUAGAGCUUGGGAGUUCCUGGCUUUCAGCCCUGUGUUUAGAUCAUUGGACCACCUUCUUCUACUUAAUAUAACCACCUGCUCCCUGCCCUAGCAACCGCCAUCCUCCUAUUCUGAUGUCUUCUUUCUGGAUCUCUGGUAUGUUCGCUACCAUCUCAAGCAGGCCAUUGGGGAGCAGAAGGAGGUAGGGAAGGAGGCCCUCCAACUACACAAACAGCUGUACAAAAAGAAAAGAGGGUAGCAGAAGGGCUUAAUGUGCAAAGUUUGGAUUCAGGUCUGAACAUCCCUAAGGUUUGGGAAAGUCCAGAUGCAGGAGUGCAAUUCAGGCCCAGCUCAAACUGCUUUUAUGUCGACAUGUUCGGUUUCCACCCCCAUUUGCCACAAUGUGAAAUUCCCUGUUUAUCACAGAUGUAUGUUGCCAGUGCCUGGGGAGCACUUUGUCUGGGAGAAGCAGAGGCAAAGCAGGGGUGAGAGG